UGGACAGGCGUGGCAGUGGGCUGGUCCAGGCGCACUGAGCGAUGAAAAACAUCAGGGUCCAUUGACUCGGGAUCAGCUGAGGCCCUGAAGUCUGACAAAGGAAACCUGCAGCUUUGUUGUAAUUAACCACAUCUACCUAUUCUGAGGAUGGCUUAGGGCUGUGGGUGUGCCGCACCCACACAGAAGACACAGAAGACCUGAGGAUGCACUAAGUUCUCCCCACCCACCCCUGGUUGUACACCCACUGCAAAACAGUAGAAGAUGAGCAAGUCCCCCACUCCCAAAGGCACCCCGGUGCAGCGCAGCCCCAGUGAUGGGGUCCCUGAGGGCCUCCAGUCUCCUCAACAUUCCACACCUGGCUCUGGGGCCCAGCAUAAGAAGCGGAUCUCAAGCCUCCUUCAGAGUCCGUCAUUCAGGGAGGAGCUAGAUGUGCUGAUCCAGGAACAGAUGAAGAAGGGUGGCAGCUCAUCCAACCUAUGGGCACUGAGACAGCUGGCUGAUUUUAUGGCCUCACAUGGCUCUCCGGCCGCCCUGCCCGUCUCCCCUUCUAACAUGAUGAUGGUGACACCCAUCAAUGACCUGCAUGGCUGGGAGCCUGGCAGCAUGGUGAAGGGCGAGAGGUUGAUGCGCUGCAAGCUGGCCAGCGUCCACCGCCUGUUUGACCUCUUCGGCUGGGCCCAGAUCAACCGCACUCGUCUAACUCUGCGUGUUAGUAAAGAACAGGAACACUUCUUGGUUCUUCCUGACGGCCUGGCCUACAGCGAGGUGACCGGGUCCAGUCUGGUGAGUAAGACUAGUCACAGUCAGGAUAUAGGUUGCACAUACACUCUGGAUUACUGUGUGAUGUACAGUAUUCUUGUAUAUAUUAUUUUUAAAUUUAAUGAUUAAUCAUUUAGUCUUUAA